CCUCCCCCCAAAUGCUAGGCAGAGAGAUCUGCUAUCGAGUCUCGUGUCUGAUCGAUCAGGAACAGUAACACGGGAUGCCUAUACAAGGCAGGUAACUACAUUACCCGACGACAUGAUAACGCUAUGACUCUGUGAUUUGGGUUUGUUGGCGGAUGGCGCCAGAUUCGCAAAAACUUGCGGCAAUCCUGAUAGGUAGGACCAAUGGAUAUUUCCUUUCUUCCCUUCUUCUUUCUCUUUUUCUUCUUCUUCUCUCCCUCGGCCAGGACACGCCGGCAACAAGGGCAUGGGCCGGCAGGACACGCAGGUUGGAUGGAUGGGACAGGGCCUGUCGACUUUCUGUAACGGGGGUUUUCGUGGGUGGCGGUAGUGUAGGAUCAGUGCCAAGACAGGGACCUUCUUAGCCGUGGCCGUCCAGCGAACCGUUGAACCUGAGGCCUGGUCAUAUACAUAUGUACCUACAUACUUACGAUGCCAACAACCCCUGCCCCUGCUCUGCGCGCGCCCCCGGCGGAGAAGCUGUCCCAAU